CAAAAGUGUUGUUUUUGGCUGGUUACAUCACAGAAAACUCGAAGAGCUUCCAGUAGAAGUCCAAAAUGUCUUGCAAAUCACGCAGGUGCUAAAUUUCCUUGCACGGGGGAUAGCAAACGGAGUAGAAUAUUUGUGAACCGAGGGCUGGUGAACGAAUGGUCCGGGAGGUAAAUCAGGACGACGACAUCAUGAAUUCUGCAGUUAGCACCGAGUCUAUGGAUAUGACGGAGGAGGACAUGUCGCAAGUGGAGGGGUGCGGGCUGAGCGGCGGUUCGGACGAUGAAGACGAGUGCGCAUCGUCGCCGGCGGGCUCGGCGUACGAGGACGGCGCCGACGUCAUCAAGAGCGCCAUGAGCGACGAGGUCACCAAGCAGCUGGCUGCGGCAGGACCUGUUGGUAUGGCAGCAGCAGCGGCAAUAGCAUCUUCGAAGAAACGAAAAAGGCCGCAUUCCUUCGAGACCAACCCGUCAGUUAGAAAGAGACAUCAAAACAGACUUUUAAGAAAACUAAGGCAAACCAUAGAAGAGUUCGCAACGCGCGUCGGCCAGCAAGCUGUAGUGUUGGUGGCAACACCUGGCAAGCCCAACACCUCCUAUCGCGUGUUCGGUGCCAAGCCGCUAGAGGACGUCGUCCGCAAUCUACGCUGCAUGAUCAUGGAGGAGCUCGAGAAUGCCCUCGCGCAGCAGUUCGGUCUGGGCGGGUGCGGGCAGGCGCCGCCGCCGCCGCAGGACGACCCGUCACUGUUCGAGCUGCCGCCCCUCAUCAUCGACGGCAUACCCACGCCGGUGGAGAAGAUGACCCAGGCCCAGCUGCGGGCUUUCAUACCGCUCAUGCUCAAGUAUUCCAUGGUUCGCGGCAAACCGGGCUGGGGUCGCGACAGCACGCGGCCGCCGUGGUGGCCCAAAGACCUGCCGUGGGCGAACGUGCGCAUGGAUGCGCGCUCCGAGGACGAGAAACAAAAGAUGUCGUGGACGCACGCGCUGCGGCAGAUCGUGAUCAACUGCUACAAGUACCACGGCCGCGAAGACCUGCUGCCCGCAUUCACGGAGGAGGAUGACGACAAACCCGCCACCACCUCCGUGUCAUGCCUGGCGGCAGCAGCGGCGGCGUCCACUUCAUCAUCAUCGUCUUCGUCGCGCGCGCAGACCACGGUCCUCUCGUCGUCUCAAGUCUGCAUAGACCAGAUGACGCUCGCUGACGUUGAUAUGUCGGGAUACGCGCCAGCUGUCCUGCAGACGAUAACGAACCCCGACGGGUCCGUGUCUCUCAUCCAGGUGGACCCCAACAGCCCCAUCAUUACCCUACCGGACGGGACCACGGCGCAAGUGGUCAGUAUCCACGGCGGCGGUGAGGGAGGCGGAGUUUCGUUGGAGGGUGACGGUGCGGUGGCGGUUGACCUUAACGCGGUAGCCGAGGCCGCGCUCAACCACGACGGACAGAUUAUACUCACGUCUGAGGAUGGACACGGCUACCCCGUGUCCGUGUCGGGCGUGAUCACCGUCCCUGUGUCGGCGUCAGUCUACCAGUCCAUGGUGGCCUCUAUGACGCAGCAGGACGGCGUGUGCGUCGCGCCCAUAGUGCAGGUGGAACAGAACGGCGAAGGACUGGAGGCGCUGGGUAUGGGUGGCGGUGUGGCACAGGUGGUGCUGCAGGACGGCGGCCAGCAGGUGCUCCAGGUGCUCAGCCUCAAAGACGCCACUGUACUCACCAAGGCCAUGCAAGUGAAAUCCGAACGCGACGCGGUUGUAGCGGACUCCUAGCUGAUGACGCUUGUCGAGUCGCCGCGCCGGUAUGAACGCCGCGAGAGGCGGGACACGUGAACCCGCGACCCCCCCGGUACUGCACAUUACCGGAACGGCGUAUGACUCGAGUCUUAGCACUGGAGACCCAUUCGAUUGUAGCCUGCGCUUCUACAAUGAGUUUUUAACUAUAGUAUUUCUCUAUACUCGAUACCGACUACGUAAAAUUUUAGUAUGGAAAAUUUUACACCGCCUCUAGCAGUCACUUACGGAACUAAAAUCGCCAUGCUAAAUAUUUACGUAGUCAGUAUCGAGUAUCGAUAAAUACUAUAGCUUUUAACUCAUGGUAGAGAUACUGUGGUCACUAAAUACAUAGACUAUUGAGCUAUACGUGAAAUAUCUGCGGAAACGAUAGCUUAUUUGUGAAAGAGACGAGUGAUAGAUUUCUAUGUGUGCGGUGACCAGGCUACGGCAUGUACAAAUUGAGAAUUGCAUCUCGAAUAACAUACCUAUGGAUGACAAUGUAUAAAAGAAAAUAUGUUGACAAGCAAUUAGUACUUAUGUCUCUGAAAGUGUCAUGACCAUUUUAAUGUAGACUAUUUUAUUGCGUCAAGAAAGUGAUCGUAUACCUAGAAAGAAUGCGAUUCAAGAUUUUAAGUUUGGUAUACAAUAUUGUGUGCGCAGCUGAAUGGAUUUCGUGAGCUUUUAAGCUUUGGCGACUAUGGUAGGAAAUCAUUUACACUAUAGUAUUAAUUAUUGUAAGGAAAAUUGUGAUAACCAUUUAACCACUCUCAUUAUCUUUCAUUUGAAGCUUUACUAUAGAGAUAGUAUUAUAUUUAAUUACUAUUAUGCGGGUAGUCGUCAAAAAUUAAAAGUUGAUUAGAGAAAUUAUUGUUUAUGAGUGAGAUUUUUACAUGUACAGUAACACUUUGGUCGGGAGUUUUUUAAUUGAAGUACCGCCAUAUACAAAUAUUUAGGCUUAGAUGUAAAUUUUAUUACUCUCAUAACUAGGCUAAUUAUUAUUGUAACGUGAAACGUAAGACGUCAAGUGUAUUUCUAGUCAAUAUUAUGUACAAUAUAAAUAAUAUCUAAUGUUAAACGACUAAAGUGUUACUGCUUACAUUUUCAUAAACUAGGUGAUACCAGAGGGUAGGUAAGUGUAAACAUUGCCACGUUUUAUAAAAAAAAGUAAAUUCAAAGUGGAAUUGUCGUCCCUUGGCAAUUUGGAUGAGUGUGUUUUAAGAGUUUGAGUUUUAGGCAUUGUUUAUAUUUACUCGAUACCUACUAAUAAAAAUAUUUACGCAUUUGAUUUGCUACUCGAUGUUCUAUUUGUCUGAUUAACGAAGAUUAUAUUGUGGCAUUUCGUUGUGUAAAUAUUCUUAUUAGGAGGUACUACCCGUUCGCGCUAAGUUGGCCGCUGUCAACUGUCACGCGUUCUCUCACUCACUCACAGAAACGAGUGAGUGAGAGAACGAUAAACGCGUGACAGUUCACAGUUGACAGCGGCCAACUUAGCGCGAAAGGGUAGUAAGUGUUAAAGUGUAUAAUAUGUAAAAUACGAGUCACGCCUAGCAUAAUUGUAUGUGACGAGUCGUAACAUUGUCCGUGUUUUCUUACUCUUCUAUUAUAUUAUAGUAAUCGGCGUGUCAUGCGGCGCAUUUUAUUUUCAUUUUCUAAGUCAGUCUAAGUCGGUGCAAUAUUUUAAAGAUGCCAUUAACAUUUAUUUUACAUGUGAUUUGUUGCGUUAUACUUUUUAAUUUACAUUCCUUCUUUUAGUUUUAAGAACUUACUGUUAAGGAGACUGUUGAUAAUUUAUUUCUUAUUAUUUGUUGGCGUACGACGGUACUUAUUUUUCUAGUCUUAUCUCCAGUCAUUAGCAAAGAAUCUAGUCUACCGAUACUAAGAACGUUUUAUAUUAAAAUUGUACUAUACCUAGAUGAAUUAUUAAUAUAAUUGGCGUAUUUCAUACCCACUAGCGUCGGGACUCCCGGAGUCUCCCCUUAAUUCUAUCGGUGUUUAAUAUACGAGAUUUCGCUUAGCAAUACCUCGGCGCUGCGGGGCCCUCGAGUGUAGUUUCUGACGGAUGUAGUUUUGAACGAUAGUGGAUUCGAUUGUCGAGCACUACACUCGACUGGCUCCCGAGCGCCGGCAUUUCUUUAUUAUUAACCCUGUAUUAGCGUUAAAUUAGGACGAGGAUAGCAUAAGGUAGAGUUCAUAGCAAAGUACAAAUGAAAUAAUUUAAUUGUAAAGUACUUUACUUGUUCAAUGAAAGACAAUUAACGAAGUAGAGAUUUGUUUUCUUUUAGCAAUAUGUAUUUAUUUAAUUUAUUUGAAAAGUUUUAUUUAAAUUAUUGGAAAAUUAAGUUUAUUUAUACAUAGUGAGGUAACAAGCACAACUAUGUUAUUAAGUACAUGAUUUACGAUUGUAAAUAAUACGUAUGAAUGUGUGAAUAUUGCAAUCAUUAAAGUAUUUACGUACAAAA